GGUGUUUAAAAAUAAAUACAGACGAUUGUCAUCUUUGGUAGUGUCGUGUGCGUGUGACUGACGUUUGUUUAUGGAGAUUAUGCGAAGAGAUAAAGCAUCUGAAAAAAGCGAAGAUAAGAGAUUGAGCUAGACAGUCAUUUAACUACAGAGUUCACAAACAUGGGCCAGAAGCGAGAGAUCCCACCUGCUCUGCAAAAGCUCCUGGCCUUAGAUGUUCAUCUUACUAAUCAGUUUUGUAUCUGGGCUAAUCACUUUUUACCACUUAAAUCACUGAGAAUACAUUACAAAUUUCUUGAGGUAUCGUGCCACGGUGUACCAUGGAUAGCAGCAUGGCUAGCCUUUAUCUGGCUGUGGGAUCAUCCAUCACUCUACCAAAUGCAGAUGAACUUUCUCAUUGGACUGCUGUUGGACAUAGUUUUGGUAGCUGUGUUAAAAGCUGUGACACGCCGAAGACGUCCUGUGGCCAAUAAAUCGGACAUGUUUGGAGUAGUUGGACCAGAUAAAUUUUCAUUUCCAUCUGGACAUGCAUCCCGAGCUACAAUGGUUGCGUGUUUCUUCCUGUGGGUGUGGCCUGUGCAUUUUCUUUUCCAGGGACCUAUUCUAGCAUGGGCAGGCAGUGUCUGCCUGUCAAGGUUGCUGUUGCAGCGACAUCACAUUUUGGAUGUAACAGCUGGUGUGCUGCUGGGUGUGUUUGAGACUUGGUUCAUUUACAAUAUUGUCUGGUUGUCACAGGAGUCUGCCACUUGGGCAGUCUCGUGGCUUUCAGAUGAGCGAACAGAUGGAGGCAGCUACCAUGUCUAGCCAGGUGCUACUAAUUUCUGUCCGUGAGCCUGGAUAUGUGUGUGUAUGUGCGUGCAGUCCUGAAUUUAGCAUCUAAACUAUUAGCUUGUUCUGUUAUUAGAAGGAGAGGUAAUAAGCAACACUGACUUCAGAAAUACACAAAGGGUAUAAUUUAAAUAAUUGUAUGGAAAAUCUAUUUUUAUUACAUCAGGAGCAUUGCUAGGAUAUUCUUGUUUUAGAGAGCUUCAGCUUUUCUUAUUUGAUUGGUUAAGUAAAGGUGGACAGUAUACUUUUAAAUAAUUUGCUCACGCUCAUUGUUUUAUAUGCAUUAUUUUAAUGAGGGGCUUCCGUGAGAGGAGGCUUGGUACAAAUACUUGAAUCCAUUAGGUUAAAUUACUCCAAAAACUGCAACCACUGUCAUAUAAUUGUUAAAUGGGAGUUGCUGCUCCUCAUAUAUUCUGUGUUGACAGUGAGAAAAUGGAGCAUCUGCUCAUUGUUUAUAAAAGUAGGAGCUACUGAGCAAUACAGUGAUAAAACAGUUGUUGUUUGAGGCAUGGGUUUCACAAUAACCAAGUUUUGUUUGUUAGAAACAACUAAAAAUAGCAAAACUAUAAAAAAGUGUGUGUGUGUGUGUGUGUGUGUGUGUGUGUGUGUGUGUGAGAGAGAGAG